UAAAUAUAAACAGGACCCACUUUCUUUCUACUCUUUAAGGACUCGCUGCACAAAGAGGGAAGGUCCUAAAGUGUUGUGAAGGAGAGGAUUCAGUGGAUGACGGAGAAUCCGCAAAUCUUGUUGACAAUUUUCAAGGUACUGUACUCAGUUUCCAAGGAUUUUAAUUCUAAAUUUGGAAAUGGAAUAUGUACAGGAUUUGGUCCGAGAGAAAUGUAGUAGCUUCUUGCAGAUUAUGAAUGAUAGGAUUAAUGACCCUAUCCAGCAGAGGCGCCUCGUACUCAUUAUUGUGUGUAUAGCUUUGCUUCUGGAUAAUAUGCUUUACAUGGUCAUUGUACCAAUAGUUCCUCUUUAUCUGGAUAAAUACUUUGAGGAUGAGGGGGUUCUAACAGGAAGUGGCACUGGAAACGACUCUACGCUGUACAACUACACUGAUUUUAAUAAUGGUACUAUCACCAACAUUACAACCACUUUUUCAACAACAACGAAAAAGCCAUUAGCUUAUGCCGAAGGAGGAGGCGCAAUUGGUGUCCUUUUUGCAUCAAAGGCAAUUGUGCAACUUUUCAUUAAUCCAUUUACUGGAGCUUUAAUAGAUAGAAUAGGAUAUGAUCGACCUUUAAUGAUUGGAUUAUCUAUCAUGUUUUUCUCGACGAUUGCGUUUGCUUUUGGCGAAAGUUACGCUGUCCUGUUCGUGGCAAGAAGUUUACAAGGUGUUGGCUCUGCGUUUGCUGACACUUCAGGACUUGCAAUGAUUGCAGAUAGAUUUAGAGACGACGCUGAACGAACAAAGGCUCUAGGAAUAGCCCAAGCCUUCAUAUCAUUUGGUUGUUUGGUUGCACCUCCAUUUGGUGGUGUUCUUUUCGAGUUUGCUGGAAAGGUCGUUCCUUUUAUAUUUCUCUCUUGUCUGUGUUUAAUAGAUGGCGUCCUUCUCCUUUUCGUAAUGAAACCUAUGAGAAAAGAAAGGGAACUCUCUGAAGAUGGACUUAAAGGAACCCCAAUAUAUCGGCUUUUGAUAGAUCCAUAUAUCGCGGUGGCAGCAGGAGCUCUUGCAAUGUCUAAUGUAUCUCUUGCGUUUUUGGAACCUACUAUUGCACUUUGGAUGCAAGGUACCAUGGAUGCUUCUGAAUGGGAAAUAGGAUUUGUUUGGCUUCCUGCCUUUUUACCAUAUAUCGGAGGCGUUUACUUAACGGUAAGACUCGCAAAAAACUAUCCAAAAUAUCAGUGGCUCAUCACUUCCGUGGGGCUAAUCAUCGAAGGGACAUGCUGUCUGGCUAUUCCGUUUGCUAAACAAUUUUUUGUGGUAUUAUUUCCAAUAAUGGGACUGUGUUUGGGAGUAGCCCUUGUCGAUACAGCAAUUUUACCCACUUUAGGCUACCUUGUUGACCUGAGAUAUGUAUCAAUAUACGGAAGUGUUUAUGCUAUUGCCGACAUAUCAUAUUCCUUGGCAUAUGCUCUUGGUCCCGUUAUGGCCGGUCAGAUCGUACAGACAAUCGGGUUUCUAUGGCUUAAUGUUGCCAUAUUUCUCAGUAAUGUACUGUAUGCCCCGCUACUGUUGUGUCUGCGAACUAUAUACCUAUACAAACCUGUAGAAGAUGAGCGGGACGUUCUCAUCGAUGAUCCCCCUUCUAAACAGUACAACACCUACAUACAAAAUGGCUGUUUCUCUAACGGACACCUAAAAGAAAUUGGAAAUGCAGCAGGACAAAAUCAUUUAAAAUGGGAAACAUUUGAAGAUAAUGACACAACCUCUGUGAAUACUAAAAAUGUAGAAAUGGACAGUUAUGAACCAAAAGAAAAUGGCGCCUCAUUUUCCUUUUAUUACAAACACUGAUCAUUAUAAACUUUCCUGUUUUAUACUUAUUUCUACAACUGAAAAAUGUAAUUCCUGAUGUAAAUAUAUAGAACAAGUUCUUACUAUCAAGUAAUACGCGCUUUUUGAUUAUCAUAAAAGGCUUUUUAAUAUGCUUGUGUUUUCCAUUAUAAAAAAAAUGUCUAUUUAAUAGAAAUAA